UUUAUUGCAACUUUUCUCACGAAUUCAAAGGUUUUUUUUCGUAUCCCGAGUAUUGGGGACAAUGGUGCAAAAGGAAUCAGCUCUGCCAACAUUUUAAAAAUCGACGAAGAAUUUGACAGUUCUCCCAAGAUGGCGAUGUAUUUGUUUAUUUUAUAGUACUUUUGUGAAAGUUUUGUUAAUUUUAUAUAGGACUUUACCAUCAACAACAAACCUCAGUUUUAGUGCUCUCUAUUCAUUAUGUAUCUAGAUGAGUAAAUGUCAUUGUCAAAUAAUGCCUCAAAUUCUGAUAGUAGCUCUUAUUUUGAAAUUGUGGGAAAGAGGUUAUAUUCAUUAAAGACAUAUUAUUUGUAAUUUAGUGACAACUCAGUGGAAUACAAAUAUUCAACAUGCGUUUUAAUGAUAAAGAACUUGCCGAAAUUGGAGUAGGUGCUGUUGAACUUGAAGGUAGAUUGAAUCAUCGUCGACCAACAAGCGGAAAUUUCACCCAGUCAGGAUUUAAAGAACGAUGGUUCAAACUGAAGUCUAAUCUCUUAUUUUAUUUUCGCAUAAAUGAACUAGGUAAAAUAGAUUAUAAACAGCCUGCUGGAGUAUUUGUUCUUGAAAAUUCUAAUGUCCAAUAUGAAAUGGGAAUAGGUAUACCAUUUGCAUUUUCUGUCACAUUUCGAGAUGAACCUGAUAAGAAACAUGUGUUUUCGGGACGUUCAGAGUCUCACAUUCAACAAUGGGUUAAUGCAAUGAGACAAGCAACGUAUGAGUAUUGGCGGUCACAACUUAUUAUUCUACAAACUAAAAUUAAUGCACGCACCGGGAAGGAUCCUCUUCUACUCCUUCCACAUAAUGCUGGAACUGUACGAGACAUAGAUACUCCUCCAACUAAACCAAGAACAGUUGGUCCCAGAUCAUCCAGUUUCCAGAGUCACGUACAGAAAAUCGGAUCUAAUAGCAAAGGCACACGAGAAGUUAAGAGUUCCUGGACUACAUUUGAUGAUGACGAUGAUGGGGAUGAAGCUGUGGCUGAAACAAGUUUCAGCCAAGUAAAAGAAACGAAUCUUAUUGAUCUCUAAAGAAACUGGGUGAAAGCACCAAUUUCUGCAAUGAAACUCUAAUAACUAUUAUUAGAGUUCACAAACUCUUGUCAGUGUAAUUAUAUUAUUCAUAUUUUAUUUGUAAUGAGAAUUUUAAACUAGGGUGUGAAGUUAUUCACAUCUUAUUUAUCAAUUUGGAAGCAAUGAUUGAUACAUAAAUACAGACACUUACAGAAAUUUGAGAAUUAUUUAAAACAAAUUUUAUAUCAUCACUUUACAAAGGGGUAAGACUUCUUUAAAGAAAGGAAACUAUUUUGUAAUCAAAGAUGUCUAUGAGAAUUAUUUAAUAUUUCUGUUUACGACAUUUUCUUUAUUUAUUAACUAUAUAUUAAGUUAUUUUUAGAAUUCAAAUUAUUCUAUUAUCAUUUAGAUGUAAUUAUAUAUUUAAGAUUUAUGUGCUCAAUGAAAAAAAAAUCUUAGGAAGAAAAAGCAAGGUAUAAAUAACACCAAUUCCAGAAAUGUUUAAAAAUUGUGAUAGAAAAUACUCUUAUGUUUUAGUUUCAAAGCAUUAUGUGGAUUGUUCAUGAAGUAAAUGCACAGAUUUUAAGAAGCUGUUCAUGAUUAAAUUAAUAUAUAUUCAUGUGUACUUAUGACAUUCAAUUUUGAUAAAGUAUGAAUGAAAUGAAACCAUGGCAUGUCAUAUCCGAAUAAAAGUGUAUGGUUGAAUAAGGGUUUGCUACCAAAGAGGUUCACAGUCUGAUUCUUAAAAAUAAUGUACUCAUCAGAAAGUGUAAUUUACAAAAUAAGACAAUACAAAAUAUUCCUUUUGCAAAUGAAGUUAGUGCAAAAAGCCAUUUCAACUGGCAAAUUGAUUAAGUUAGUGUAUUGUUGUAGUUCUACCUUGGUUUACUUUAAUGUUCAAGGGGGGGAAAUGUGUUAAGAAAAAAAAAUUUACGUCAAAGAAACAAAAAUUUAUGUUCCAUGAUAUUUUUCUGUGAUUUGAAUGUUAGGAAAUUUUGUCAUGGGUUUAAAUGCUUUAAAACGGAUAUUAUUCAAAUUAGAAUUGGAAAACAUUAAUAGAAAAUAAAGUAAUAUGUAUUGCUAGGAAUCCAUAAUAAUAUUUAUAAUAGAAUUAGCAAGUAAGGAGUGAAAUGUAAAAGUGCGUGGAACGAAUAAUGUAUGUUACAGCAAAUAUAAGAAUUUAUAUGAAUGUGAGGUGGGUGUAAAACAAAAAAUUGAGACUAAUCACGGGGCAAAACUUAAAAGUAUUGUACAAACAAAAUGCAUUAAUAGUUCUAGUUUUAGAAUAUGUACAAAUAAAUGUAGACGUUUCAGUUAUUCAAUUACAGUUUCAAUUUAAGUAUUGUAAAGAGAAUCAUGACUUGUCACUGAAAACCUAUUUAUUUAAGAGCUGAGUUCAGCAGUACAAAUAAUGACAGUUGUUGACAACUGCAGUUCACUGAAUGUGUAAAUUUUAGUAAGAAAAUUCAUUCAGACAAGUGUAAGUAAUAUGAAGUGUAGAAGAAAGAGGUAAACAACCUACAAACAGCAUUUACAGGGAUAUUUCAAUUGUCUGAUUCAUUUUCUCUCUCAAUGUUGGCAUUUACUUUUUCACUCAUAAACAUGUGUUAAUGAGUAGAACAGUGAAAAUGAAAGAUUUUCAUUUUAUGGAAUAUUCAGUUUCUGAAUGUUGAAAGAAACAAGUAUAGUAUUUUUAUUUUACUCCAUAUGAAGUAACAUCAAACACUGUCAUCGUCAAUUGAAUAAGUUAUUUUAGUCAUUUCAAAUUCUGAAAUUCUUUCCUUUCAUCAAUCAUUAUUUUAUUCAACCUUCACAGAACGUCCAUUACCAGUGGGUAAUUUGACCAAUUAGAUUAGUAACUCACUUAACAGUAGGCCACCACUAUUAGCCUUCUUGUACAAUACAAUCUCUCACACAUCAUAAAUUAUUUUUGCUGCUGACUUAUGUUACUUAUUUGAACAAAUUCUCCAUAUUUCGAAUGUCAUUUUUCUGUUAACAAAAUUGAUUGUUGUAUAUAAUAAGGUACUAGGUUUGCAAAGUGGAGACAGAGUUAAAAAGUGAUUCAGUGAAUAUGGUUGGAAUAGCUUGUGUCAAUUUUUCAGGGUGUUUCUCUCUUCCCUCUUAUUCCUUAAUUAAAAACAAAAGGUAAUGACCUUCAUUGGAUUCACGGCUAUCACAAACAUAUCGAACAAUUUUUAAUUUAUUAUUUCCAUUUCCAGAUUUAUUUUUGUUGAGGUCUUUGAACCACAAUGUCACCUCAUCAGUAUUACUAGCACCCAAAAAAUUCAGCAGUUCCUUUUAUAUUUUGUUCUGUACUUAAGUUUCAAGAUAGUUGCUUUGUAUCAGGUAUACUGUGUUCAGGUUCAGUUCUGCCUCAGUUUUUUUUUUAUUUAUUUUGUUGUUGUUUUUUGUAGGUAGUCUUUUGAUGUGUAGUUUUGGCAUUAAUAUUGUUAGUGGAAAUAAUACUGAAAACUUUGAGACUAAAUUUGACAAUAUGUCUCUUAAGCAAAGAUUAAAAAACAAUGCCAUUGAGCAUUACAUUUGUAAAUUAGACGCAACCCACAACUAUUUUGUAACUUCGAUUAAAGUGUGGCAAACCAUCCUUCAAUUAAUAUAUUUUGUUAAAGAUUUAUAAUUAAUAUUAGACUUAAAACUGUGUAGUGCCUAAGCAGAAUAUGAUUGAUGAUGUGAUUGAAUGUGAUAUAAUGUGAUGUGACAAAAUAAAUAUAGAAAGAAUAGCACCAUUAAAUUAUCCAAGCUGGCAAGUAGCAAUGUAGAAUAGCCAUUUUAUUGGCCAAAUACCAGUGAACCUUACUAAUUCAAUACUGAACAUUAGAAAAUACUUUUCAAUUUAUACAGAUUUAGAAUGACUGCUCUUUUAUCAUCUAGUUCACCAAAAAGUAUGAGCAUGUUAUGGACAGCUCUUAGCUACUUCAAAAAUAAAUAAUUAGAAAUAUUGUUUAAACAUUUUUGUAUGCGAUUAGAAAUAAAAUUUUUGAGUUUCUUGUGAUUUGAAUGAUGAAUGAUAGAAAGUUGAAUUGUACACUUGUUGAAGUUCAAUUCUAAUCUAGUUGUUUAUUCUCUUAGUAUCUGUGGAGUGUUAAAAUAAUAAUUGCUUGAUAUCACGAAUCUUGAGUUAUGUAGAACUUAAAAUUUCAAAUUUAUUGAGGUGCAACUUUAUCUCAGAAAAUCUCUAAAUUUAUCGCAAAACUUUUUCCGUUUUCUAGAUUUUUCAUAAAUAAAAUUAUCACCAUUUUGAAUUGUGGCAGGAUGAAUUACUGAGGUUCAGCUGUACCGAGAAAUGUGUGCCUUUACUUUCCAAACCAAGGUUUUCAUUUAAAAAUCAAUGCCAAAUUAACAAUUUGUGUUGGUUACUAUUAAAAUAAUUGUCUGACAAUUUUUAAUAGAAAUAUUUUAAUGUGUAUGCCCAGGAUUUUAAUUAUUAGAUGAUAAUCGAUAUAAAUCACAUUACUUGCCAAAAUCAGUGUUGAAGCAAACAAGAAACAAUGAAAUGAAUCAAUUUAUUUUUAGAAUUCAUGAUGUCUGCUAUAUUAAAGUUUGAUAUUUAAUUAUGAAUUCAAAUGUGAAGUGCACAGUUGUGAUAAAAAAUAAAAUAUGGAAAAGAAAAUUAUUUACUGUAUCCAAAAUUCUGAAGUAGUUUUUAGAAUUUUUUGUUAUAAAGAAUCACUGUAUCUAUCAUUUGGUCUAUUGUAUUGUCAAUAUAUCUGCUCCCAACACUGCCUAUAUAUAAUAGUUCCUGAUCUGUUAUAGAACAUGAUGUUUUAAAUAUUUUCAUAGUGACUGAAAAAAGUUUAUAAAAUCAGCAUGCUAGUCUGUAUGUUGUGCAUAUUAUAAUGUAAUAAAAAUUUUCUUCAGUCAUAA